GAAUCCUACGGGAACUUGCACUGUAGGGCAGGAGAAAGUUUGGGUCGGAAACGUAGCACGGUCUGUGUGGAAUGGACGUAUGUUGAUCGGACUUUUGACGAAAAUAAUAUAGGAUUUUUUAAUCUCGAUAAGUGGAUUCAUUGGAUUAAUAAGGCUUUAUGGCACUAUAGACUUUGAUAGCCGUUGGAGUGAAGCAACAUCGGUUGUUCGAACUUUCGUUUUUAACUUCUGUGUGUGUUCUUAUUUCUUUUUUUCGGGAAGAUCGGAAUUUACCGGUGAAGGGAAAAACAAGCGAAGCGGCAUAUAUACUGCAGGAAAAAUGAGUGUAACUUUGACCUUUGUGUAUACUGACUAAUAUUUUGAAACAUUAAGGAUAGGCAACUGUACCUUUGGAUUUAUACACUAAAGACAGUUUUUAUCAUUUACAUAAAAAACGAAUUAUGGCGAAGAAGUACGACUUCCUUUUCAAGUUGCUACUCAUUGGAGAUAGUGGAGUUGGCAAAACAUGUCUGAUUAUUCGAUUUGCUGAGGAUAACUUCAACUCAACCUACAUAUCAACCAUCGGGAUCGACUUUAAAGUGAAGACGAUAGAUGUAGAGGGAAAGAAAGUCAAGCUGCAAGUCUGGGACACAGCAGGACAGGAGAGGUUUAAGACCAUCACUACAGCCUACUACAGAGGAGCUAUGGGGAUAAUCCUGGUGUAUGACAUCACUGAUGAGAAGUCCUAUGAGAACAUUCAGAACUGGAUGAAGAGUAUCAAGGAGAAUGCUUCAGCAGGGGUCAGCCGGAUGUUGCUCGCUAACAAGUGUGACAUUGAGGCUAAGAGAAAGGUAUCAAAGGAGAUGGGGGAAAAGUUGGCAAAAGAUCAUGGGAUCAGAUUUUUUGAGACCAGUGCAAAGGCCAGUAUCAACGUUGAUGAAUCUUUUAUGGCUUUGACUCGAGACAUUCUACUGAAGUCCAGCAAGAAGCCGGGCCCCACAGGUCGUGAGGUCAAAAUCACCAAUGCUGAGAAGAAGUCCUCCAAAUGUCUGCUGCUGUAAAGGCUGACUUGACAUGGCCUGGCUGACACUCCGUUACCCAAGGGGACAUUCACAUAUAGGAACAGUAUUAUUGCAAAAAUGGGUUUAAAUGCCACAAUCACCAGAUUCUCUGUCCCCUGUGGCAACAAGGCUGAUUUCAAACACUAUUGUCUUAAGAAAUAUACAUGUUUAUGAUUAAUUAAUUGCAACCCCCCCCCCCCCAAUAAUCCUAUGAAAUGGCUCUGUUGUCAUAGUAACUGAAUGAUUGACUGCCAUGGCAUGUUUUCACUCCAACAGAGCCAGAAAGGCCAAACUGUCCUCCAUGCUAGCUCCACCUCUUCCAUGAUGAAAACAUUCCACAAUGACUUCCAUCUACAAUGCAUUGUUGAAUUUAAAUUUUUGAGCAAGGUGCUUGUUCAUAUUCUUAAACCUGAAUUGAGUUAAUUCUAUGUCCAUGUCUAUGGACUUCACAUUGGAGUAGCGGUGCACAAAUCCCAGUCCUGAAUUGACAAAAAGUGUGAAGUGUUUCAGCUUCUCCAUCUCCUUCAGUAGAUUUAUUUUCCUAGGAAUCUUAAGUGAAUUUUCAGCGAAGACAUACAUUCUAGCUGUUAGGUUGGACAGUUGACUGGCUGAUUGAUUAAUCUGUAGACUUUUUUUGAUCCGAAUUGGCUGCUCAAGUGAAGACAAGAAACCAGUAGACAGUACUGAAACCAUAGAAGGUAAUUAGCAUAUUGUGACCCUGGAGGACAGGUGUUGUUCAUCACUGCCAUAUAAUCACAUUUUAGUGUUAUAGCUGAAGAACCUGAGUUAGGAGGACAUGUAGACAUUUUAUUUCUAUUCAUUCUGUUUCUAUGGUUAGCCAUUUGUUACAGGAGUUCAGAUCUACAUGUGAUAGCAUGUGCUGGUACAGAAUGCUCCCAAAAAGGAUAGUUCAACCAGAAAAUAGAAAGAUUAUUUGGCUGUUUUAAAGUGUAGAGUGUUUUUACAUAGGGGGACUAAGGAUGUGGACCACAGGGACAGAGAAAGUGCAAUAUAAGAUGAUAGGAGUGUAGUGUUGAGUAAAGGAUGAAGCAAGGGAAUUUAGAAAUGACAAAGCAAGUGUAGGAAACAAGGAUGGGAUGACGGUUGGAGUGUGAGGGGUGAGGUUAUCUUAACUAAUUAAAUCUGAUGCACCUCUUCAAAAUCUUUGAAAAUGAAAGGAAACACCCUUCCUGCCUUUUUCUGGCACAGACAAGCCCCUUUUUUAAUACAUUUCAUAGAUUCCCUGUCUUUGCGGUCGUCGCUGAUCUACUACAGGAAAUGUCUCUGUACAGUGUAGACUGAUUGGAUACAAUCUCCACCUGGUAGCUGUCCACGGUCUAAAUGUGUGAUCAGUGAUUGCUCUCAAAGACACCAAUCACUAUUAUUCCAGCAAGUUAAUCUCUAUGGAUGCAUCUCAAUAUUCUAAUGUGGUGAGAUUUGGUCAGCCGUCUUCGCCUAUUUUUUUCUAUAUGAUUUAACUGAUUUUACCCUUUUCUCUUUUCCUUCACACACAGUCUCACUCUAUCAAACAUUCCCUGUCUGAUCAAUUAUUUUCUCACAAAGUUCUUUCAGUUUACCUAUGCGCUGCUUUUUCAAUAAAUGGUAAAAAGCUAAAAAAAAAAAAAAAAAAAACAUAGCAUAUUUUUCUUCUUUACUGAGCUUACAGGACUGCAUUGUCCCCACUACCACUUAGACUAGAGGGUCUCCAACCCUUCAGUUUAAUGUAUCAAUCAUAUCAGCACUACAGAGCAUUCAUUACUGUCUUCAAACUCUAAUAAAUUAGCUGGGCUCCAUUCGUUACUGUCUUCAAACUCUAAUAAAUUAGCUGGGCUCCAUUCAUUACUGUCUUCAAACUCUAAUAAAUUAGCUGGGCUCCAUUCAUUACUGUCUUCAAACUCUAAUAAAUUAGCUGGGCUCCAUUCAUUACUGUCUUCAAACUCUAAUAAAUUAGCUGGGCUCCAUUCAUUACUGUCUUCAAACUCUAAUAAAUUAGCUGGGCUCCAUUCGUUACUGUCUUCAAACUACCAUACCAGCUGGGCUCCAUUCAUUACUGUCUUCAAAUUCUACUAAACUAGCUGGGUUCCAUUCAUUGCUGUCUUCUAACACCAUACUAGCUGGGCUCCAUUCAUUACUGUCUUCUAACACCACCAUACCAGCUAUUCUUGUAGUGUAUCUCACCAUAUUUUCCUCCCCUGGUAUGUACUGUAGGUCAAUAAAAUAUGAAUAACUCAA